AUGUCUCCAUCUGCCCUUCCUGCAUCUAAGAGUUAUAGCAUUGCCUCCAUCCCGGCCGAUGGUAUCGGGCCUGAGGUUAUCGAUGCAGCCAUUGCAGUCCUAAAGACUCUUUCAGAGACCUUGGGAUCUUUCGAAAUAGACUUCACACACUAUGAUUGGAGUUCAGAGACUUACAAGAAGACUGGAAAGUAUAUACCAGAUGGCGGUUUGGAUCAGCUGAAGAAGCACGAUGCUAUUUUAUUCGGUGCUGUUGGAGCUCCUGAUGUCCCCGAUCAUAUCUCUCUCUGGAGUCUCAGACUGGCGAUUUGCCAGCCUUUUCAACAAUAUGCCAAUGUGCGGCCUACCAAAGUGUUCAAAGGCACACAAUCGCCACUCCGUAACUGCAAGCAAGGUGAUCUUGACUGGGUGAUCAUCCGUGAAAACAGCGAGGGUGAAUACGCCGGACAAGGAGGUCGCUCCCACCGCGGUCAGGCCUGGGAGUCGGCCACAGAGGUGUCCGUAUUCACCCGUCACGCUGUAGAGCGAAUUAUGCGUUUCGCCUUCGAGACCGCCCAGAAACGUCCGCGCAAGCUCUUGACCGUCGUCACCAAGAGCAAUGCCCAGCGCAACGGUAUGGUGCUCUGGGACGAGGUUGCGGCCCAUGUCGCCAAGGACUUCCCCGAUGUCACACAAGACAAGAUGCUGGUGGACGCCAUGACCUGCCGCAUGGUGCUGAAGCCGGAAUCCCUCGAUACCAUUGUGGCGACGAAUCUGCACGCGGAUAUCCUUUCCGACUUGGCGGCUGCUUUGGCUGGUUCUAUUGGUAUUGCUCCCACUUCUAAUCUUGACCCUACUCGUCAAAACCCUAGCAUGUUUGAGCCCAUUCAUGGCUCAGCUUUCGAUAUCACCGGUAAGGGCGUGGCGAACCCGGUUGCAACUUUCUGGACGAGUGCAGAGAUGCUUGAAUGGCUUGGCGAGUCGGAUGCUGCUAAGAAGCUCUUGGAUGCCACGGAGCGCGUAUGCGAAAAGGGUAUUGUCACAGCCGACUUGGGCGGGUCCGCAAAGACAGUUGAAGUAACGGAUGCUGUCAUUGAGGAGAUCAAGAGCUCAUACGGAAAGCCUGGCAAAUAA